AUGGCAGUGCAUCUCAUGGUACUGGUACAACCUCUGCUAGUGAUGCCACCCAAAGGACCAGAGGUGCUCCUCCCCAAGAAGAGCCACCUAAAAAAAAGAGGAAGGAAGCCGGGGCUCCAGACAAAAUUAGCACUACCUAAGCUAGGUACCAAGGUGGCUCUUAAACCAAGUGGUGACGAGCAGUUUAGCUAUGUUAACUAUGACAACAAGAAUGCCCCUUACAAAUACACGACUCAACUUGGAGUCAUUCUUAAGAGAGAAUACUCUGGUGUGGUUGAGGACAGAGACAAGAAUGGUGCACUCAUUAGGAAGCGUGCAGCACUGGACUGGGCAGAUUUUUUUUCUAGAUCCUAG